CAGAAAGGCAUUGGAGAUGUCAGCCUAAAGAGGCCUAACGGCAGUGUUCGAUUGACACUGUGAACAGCAUUUAAAUCCUGACUCCAAAAUGAGUGGGAAGGAUUACGUGAUUCUAAUUUUGGGAUUCUUCGGAUUCAUAACUGGUGUUUCUCAUGGUCAGGACUGCUACAGUCACCAGUAUGGUGUUGGAUAUAAUGGGACGACUGACAUAGCUGGAACAGAGCGAUGUCUUCUAUGGGUAGACUCAAACUCGACAGAAUUCCCGGACAGAGCAUUCCCAGACUGCAACCGUGCAAUGGCUAAGAAUUACUGCCGUCAACCAUUUUAUCUGGAUCUCGUCAGUACUGGUGAUGAUCUAGGAAAGAACACUAUCCUACCAAAGUUUGAAUUACCAUGGUGCUUUGUAGCAUCAAAUAGGAAAAGAAAAUGCUCCAAUAUUCCAUAUUGCGAACUUCCUCAAUUCAAGCAAUGUUUCAAGGCUGAGAAGAAAAGUACAGGCAAAAACCAGAGAAUGUGCUCAUGUAGUAUUACCCUGAAAGUUACCAAGGCCAUACCACCGGGGGCAGCUAACAUCACAUUCUUUGUGGCAAACUACACGUAUCGCAUCGACGAAGGAAAUACUUGUGAUCAGACGGCAGAAAUUGUUGUCGAUGAAAUACCAAUAACGCAGAAUCCAUGUGGGGAGAAUGAAAACAAUGAUGGAUUAUUCAUACUAAAGUUGUGGUCUGACGUGAAGAUGAGCUUUGGCACCAAGCUUCCAACUGCAAACGCGUACUGGAUAGAGUUUCAGAGUGACAAGUCCGUCAACAUCAGCCAGUGUGGAAAUUCUUCCUUUGAAUCUGAGGGCUACAACGUAUCUCAAUCAACAGUCAAUAUUCCAUAUAACCCCCCGAAAGAUUCCUGCCCCCCACCAGCAUCAAGUUCAACAACAAGUUCAUCUGCAACUACUUUAACUAUGGCUACCACGACAGGAACCAUUGCACCUACCGGCUCAACUAGUACAACUAUGCCAACUGGGACUACCACGACUACAGAAACAACUAAGACUACCGGUACCACUUCAACUCAAACAUCUGGAACAAUUACACCUACGGGAUCAACUACUACAACUAGUACAACUAUGCCAUCUACGACUCCAAUGACUACAGGAACAACUAAGACUACUGGUACCACUUCAACUCAAACAUCAGGAACAAUUACACCUACUGGAUCAACUACUACCACUAUUAUAACUAGUACAACUACGACCCAAAUGACUACAGGUACAACUGAGACUACUGGUACCAUUUCGACUCAAACAUCAGGAACAAUUACACCUACUGGAACAACUACUACAACUAGUACAACUGUGCCAACUACCACUCCAAUGACUACAGGAACAACUAAGACUACUGGUACCAUUUCGACUCAAACAUCAGGAACAAUUACACCUACUGGAUCAACUACUAAAACUAGUACAACUAUACCAACUACGACUCCAAUGACUACAGGAACAACUAAGACUACUAGUACCAUUUCGACUCAAACAUCAGGAACAAUUACACCUACUGGAUCAACUACUACAACUAGUACAACUAUACCAACUACGACUCCAAUGACUACAGGAACAACUAAGACUACUGGUACCAUUUCGACUCAAACAUCACGAACAAUUACACCUACUGGAUCAACUACUACAACUAGCACAACUGUGCCAACUACCACUCCAAUGACUACAGGAACAACUAAGACUACUGGUACUAUUUCGACUCAAACAUCAGGAACAAUUACACCUACUGGAUCAACUACUACAACAAGUACAACUAUACCAACUACGACUCCAAUGACUACAGGAACAACUAAGACUACUGGUACCAUUUCGACUCAAACAUCAGGAACAAUUACACCUACUGGAACAACUACUACAACUAGUACAACUGUGCCAACUACCACUCCAAUGACUACAGGAACAACUAAGACUACAGGUACCAUUUCGACUCAAACAUCAGGAACAAUUACACCUACUGGAUCAACUACUACAACUAGUACAACUGUGCCAACUACCACUCCAAUGACUACAGGAACAACUAAGACUACUGGUACAACUUCAGCUCGAACAUCUGGAACAAUUACACCUAGCGGAUCAACAACUACAACUAGUACAACUAUACCAACUACGACUCCAAUGACUACAGGAACAACUAAGACUACUGGUACCACUUCGACUCAAACAUCAGGAACAAUAACACCUACUGGAUCAACAACUACAACUGGUACAACUAGUACAACUACGACUCAAAUGACUACAGGUACAACUAAGACUGCUGAUACAACUUCGACUCAAACAUUAGGAACAAUUACACCUACCGCAUCAACUACAACUAGUACAACUGUGCCAACUACCACUCCAAUGACUACAGGAACAACUAAGACUACUGGUACCACUUCAAUUCAAACAUCUGGAACAAUUACACCUACCGGAUCAACAACUACAACUAGUACAACUAUACCAACUACGACUCCAAUGACUACAGGUACAACUAGGACUACUGGUACCACUUCAACUCAUACAUCAGGAACAAUUACACCUACUGGAUCAACUACUACAACUAGUACAACUAUGCCAACUACGACUCCAAUGACUACAGGAACAACAAAGACUACAGUUACAACUUCUGCUAAAACAUCAGGAACAAUUACACCUACUGGAUCAAUUACUACAACUAGUACAACUAUGCCAUCUACGACUCCAAUGACUACAGGUACAACGAAGACCACUGGUACCAUUUCAACUCAUACAUCAGGAACAAUUACACUUACUGGAUCAACUACUACCACUAUCAUAACUAGUACAACUACGACUCCAAUGACUACAGGUACAACUGAGACUACUGGUACCACUUCGACUCAAACUUCAGGAACAAUUACACCUACUGGGUCAACUACUACAACUAGUACAACUAUACCAACUACGACUCCAAUGACUACAGGUACAACUAAGACUCCUGGUUCCACUUCAACUCAAACAUUAGAAACAAUUACACCUACCUUAUCAACUACAACUAGUACAACUAUGCCAACUGGGACUACUACAACUACUGGAACAACUAAGACUCCUAGUUUCACUUCAACUCAAACAUCAGGAACAAUUACACCUACCACAUCAACUACAACUAGUACAACCAUGCCAACUGGGACAACCACGACUACAGGUACAACUAAGACCCCUGGUUCCACUUCGACUCAAACAUCAGGAACAAUUACACCUACUGGGUCAACUACUACAACUAGUACAACUAUACCAACUACGACUCCAAUGACUUCAGGUACAACUAAGACUCCUGGUUCCACUUCAACUCAAACAUCAGGAACAGUUACACCUACCGCGUCAACUACAACUAGUACAACUAUACCAACUACGACUCCAAUGACUACAGGUACAACUAAGACUCCUGGUUCCACUUCAACUCAAACAUCAGGAACAAUUACCCCUACCACAUCAACUACUACAACUGGUACAACUAUGCCAACUGGGAUAACCACGACUACAGGUACAACUAAGACCCCUGGUUCCACUUCGACUCAAUCAUCAGGAACAGUUACACCUACCGCGUCAACUACAACUAGUACAACUAUACCAACUACGACUCCAAUGACUACAGGUACAACUGAGACUCCUGGUUCCACUUCAACUCAAACAACAGGAACAAUUACACCUACCACAUCAACUACAACUAGUACAACUAUGCCAACUGGGACUACUACAACUACUGGAACAACUAAGACUCCUGGUUUCACUUCAACUCAAACAUCAGGAACAAUUACACCUACCACAUCAACUACUACAACUGGUACAACUAUGCCAACUACGACUCCAAUAACUACAGGAACAACUAAGACUCCUGGUUCCACUUCGACUCAAACAUCAGGAACAAUUACACCUACCACAUCAACUACAACGAGUACAACUAUGCCAACUGGGACAACCACGACUACAGGUACAACUAAGACCCCUGGUUCCACUUCAACUCAAACAGCAGGAACAGUUACACCUACCGCGUCAACUACAACUAGUACAACUAUGCCAACUGGGACUACUACAACUACAGGUACAACUAAGACUACUGGUACCACUUCAACUCAAACAACAGGAACAAUUACACCUACCACAUCAACUACAACUAGUACAACUAUGCCAACUGGGACUACUACAACUACUGGAACAACUAAGACUCCUGGUUUCACUUCAACUCAAACAUCAGGAACAAGUACACCUACCACAUCAACUACAACUAGUACAACUAUGCCAACUGGGACUACUACAACUACUGGAACAACUAAGACUCCUGGUUUCACUUCAACUCAAACAUCAGGAACAAGUACACCUACCACAUCAACUACAACUAGUACAACUAUGCCAACUGGGACAACCACGACUACUGGUACAACUAAGACCCCUGGUUCCACUUCAACUCAAACAGCAGGAACAGUUACACCUACCGCGUCAACUAAGACAACGGCUACCACUUCAACUCAAACAUCAGGAACAAUUACACCUACCACAUCAACUACAACUAGUACAACUAUGCCAUCUGGGACAACCACGACUACAGGAACAACUAAGACUCCUGGUUCCACUUCAACUCAAACAUCAGGAACAAUUACACCUACUGGAUCAACUACUACCACUAUCAUAACUAGUACACCUACCACAUCAACUACAACUAGUACAACUAUGCCAACUGGGACUACUACAAGUACAGGAACAAAUAAGACUCCUGGUUCCACUUCAACUCAAACAUCAGGAACAAUUACACCUACCGCAUCAACUACAACUAGUACAACUAUGUCAACUGGGACUACUACAACUACUGGAACAACUAAGACUCCUGGUUUCACUUCAACUCAAACAUCAGGAACAAUUACACCUACCACAUCAACUACAACUAGUACAACUAUGCCAACUGGGACCACCACGACUACAGGAACAACUAAGACUCCUGGUUCCACUUCAACUCAAACAUCAGGAAGAAUUACACCUACUGGAUCAACUACUACCACUAUCAUAACUAGUACACCUACCACAUCAACUACAACUAGUACAACUAUGCCAACUGGGACUACUACAACUACUGGAACAACUAAGACUCCUGGUUUCACUUCAACUCAAAUAUCUGGAACAAUUACACCUACUGGAUCAACUACUACCACUAUCAUAACUAGUACACCUACCACAUCAACUGCAACUAGUACAACUAUGCCAACUGGGACAACCACGACUACAGGUACAACUAAGACCCCUGGUUCCACUUCAACUCAAACAGCAGGAACAAUUACACCUACCACAUCAACUACAACUGGUACAACUAGUACAGCUAUUACAACUUUGCCAACUGGAACUACCACGAAUACUGGUACAACUAACCCUACUGGUACCACUCAAACAACUUACACAUCCAGAACCACUGCUUCUGCUACAAGUUCACCGCCCUCUCAAAGUACAAGCACAGGUAUACAGACCUCGUCUGGGACAAGCACGAGCUCACCAUCCUCUCCAAGCGCAAGCACAAGUAUACAGACCUCGCCUGGGACAAGCACAAGCUCACCAUCCUCUCCAAGUGCAAGCACAAGUAUACAGACCUCGCCUGGGACAAGCACAAGCUCACCAUCCUCUCCAAGUGCAAGCACAAGUAUAGAGACCUCGCCUGGGACAAGCACAAGCUCACCAUCCUCUCCAAGUGCAAGCACAAGUAUACAGACUUCGUCUGGGACAAGCACGAGCUCACCAUCCUCUCCAAGCGCAAGCACAAGUAUACAGACCUCGCCUGGGACAAGCACAAGCUCAAAAUCCUCUUCAAGUGCAAGCACAAGUAUAGAGACCUCGCCUGGGACAAGCACAAGCUCACCAUCCUCUCCAAGUGCAAGCACAAGUAUACAGACCUCGGCUGGGACAAGCACAAGCUCACCAUCCUCUCCAAGUGCAAGCACAAGUAUACAGACCUCGCCUGGGACACGCACAAGCUCACCAUCCUCUCCAAGUGCAAGCACAAGUAUACAGACCUCGCCUGGGACAAGCACAAGCUCACCAUCCUCUCCAAGUGCAAGCACAAGUAUACAGACCUCGCCUGGAACAAGCACAAGCUCACCAUCCUCUCCAAGUGCAAGCACAAGUAUACAGACCUCGCCUGGGACAAGCACAAGCUCACCAUCCUCGCCAAGUGCAAGCACAAGUAUACAGACCUCGCCUGGGACACGCACAAGCUCACCAUCCUCUCCAAGUGCAAGCACAAGUAUACAGACCUCGCCUGGGACAAGCACAAGCUCGCCAUCCUCUCCAAGUGCAAGCACAAGUAUACAGACCUCGCUUGGGACAAGCACAAGCUCACCAUCCUCUUCAAGUGCAAGCACAAGUAUACAGACCUCGCCUGGGACAAGCACAAGCUCACCAUCCUCUCCAAGUGCAAGCACAAGUAUACAGACCUCGCCAUCGACAAGCACAAGCUCACCAUCCUCUCCAAGUGCAAGCACAAGUAUACAGACCUCGCCUGGAACAAGCACAAGCUCACCAUCCUCUCAAAGUGCAAGCACAAGUAUACAGACCUCGCCAUCGACAAGCACAAGCUCACCAUCCUCUCAAAGUGCAAGCACAAGUAUACAGACCUCGCUUGGAACAAGCACAAGCUCACCAUCCUCUCCAAGUGCAAGCACAAGUAUAGAGACCUCGCCUGGAACAAGCACAAUCUCACCAUCCUCUCCAAGUGCAAGCACAAGUAUACAGACCUCGCCUGGGACAAGCACAAGCUCACCAUCCUCUCCAAGUGCAAGCACAAGUAUAGAGACCUCGCCUGGGACAAGCACAAGCUCACCAUCCUCUCCAAGUGCAAGCACAAGUAUACAGACCUCGCCUGGGACAAGCACAAGCUCACCAUCCUCUCCAAGUGCAAGCACAAGUAUACAGACCUCGCCUGGGACAAGCACAAGCUCACCAUCCUCUCCAAGUGCAAGCACAAGUAUACAGACCUCGCCUGGGACACGCACAAUCUCACCAUCCUCUCCAAGUGCAAGCACAAGUAUACAGACCUCGCCUGGGACAAGCACAAGCUCACCGUCCUCUCCAAGUGCAAGCACAAGUAUACAGACCUCGCCUGGGACAAGCACAAGCUCACCAUCCUCUCCAAGUGCAAGCACAAGUAUACAGACCUCGCCUGGGACACGCACAAUCUCACCAUCCUCUCCAAGUGCAAGCACAAGUAUACAGACCUCGCCUGGGACAAGCACAAGCUCACCAUCUUCUCCAAGUGCAAGCACAAGUAUACAGACCUCGCCUGGGACAAGCACAAGCUCACCAUCCUCUCCAAGUGCAAGCACAAGUAUACAGACCUCGCCUGGGACAAGCACAAGCUCACCAUCCUCUCCAAGUGCAAGCACAAGUAUACAGACCUCGCCUGGAACAAGCACAAGCUCACCAUCCUCUCCAAGUGCAAGCACAAGUAUACAGACCUCGCCUGGGACAAGCACAAGCUCACCGUCCUCUCCAAGUGCAAGCACAAGUAUACAGACCUCGCCUGGGACAAGCACAAGCUCACCAUCCUCUCCAAGUGCAAGCACAAGUAUAGAGACCUCGCCUGGAACAAGCACAAGCUCACCAUCCUCUCCAAGUGCAAGCACAAGUAUACAGACCUCGCCUGGGACAAGCACAAGCUCACCGUCCUCUCCAAGUGCAAGCACAAGUAUACAGACCUCGCCUGGAACAAGCACAAGCUCACCAUCUUCUCCAAGUGCAAGCACAAGUAUACAGACCUCGCCUGGGACAAGCACAAGCUCACCAUCCUCUCCAAGCGCAAGCACAAGUAUACAGACCUCGCUUGGGACAAGCACAGGUGCAUCUUCUUCUACUGGGACAUCUGCAGGUUCUACUUUUUCCUUUGCUACAAGCACAAGUGCACCCUCAUCUACUGGGACAAGCUUGAGUAGGCCUACAUCAUCUUCAAUUACAAGCUCACCUUCUUCCACUGACACAAGCAUAGACACAUCUUCAUCCACUGGAACAUUCACAAGAACUGUUCCACCGUCUAGUAGCACCUCGACUCUGACUUUUAGUGCUUCAACAACAGCAUUAUCGACGACCUCGACUACAUCAGUUACGACCCCAACACCAUCUCCUACUAUCUCUCCAACAACGCCAACUUCUUCUUCACAGAAGCCAAUGAAGAUCUUUAAACCUUGGGAAAAAGUUAUUCCCGAGAAGCUGGAAGGAGCUCUUCCUAUUGGGACAACAUUCGGAGGUGUGAUCGUGUUCGCAGUCAUAUCUGUGUCUAUAAUUCUAGGUGUUAAACUUUACCAAGCGUGCCACGCGGUAAAGCCAAACACACCUGCAAAGAACUAUGAAUUACAUGAUCUGAGGCUAGGAAUACAUAGACACCCCUACCUCCCCAUGGGUGAUGCCGCUACGACAGAUGUACAGGAGAGUAACAAACCGCUAGAAUGGGAUGCAGAGUCCGCCCUAGCACGUGAUUUCCAAGACCCAUCAAAAGCGGAAAUACACUACCCACGGGAAAUUGUGCCAAUAAAUCCAGAUAAGGCGCCAACAGUAACUGCCCCCUGUCUGGUAGAAAAGGAUUGUUAUUCGACUCCAGAUCCAAGAGGAUUAUGGGAUUCUUCUCUGACGAAAACAGACAAUUUGAGUGAUAUAUCAGAUGGUAGGCCUAUGUCAAACAGUAUGGUACCAAAAGAAGAUAUAGUUUUAGAUAGUUCAGAUAUUUUCCUAGAUGUAAGGACUAAUUCUGUGGCAUAGUCUUGGGAAUUAGAUGGAGUAUUAAGAAAA